AAUUUGAGGGAGAUAAUGAGAGGAUUAAUAAACGAAAGAGGCAAAGCGGCCAAACGUGCUCUUAUGACCCACGUUAUUGCGAAGGCAUUUGCAGGAGGAGGGUUGGUGUUGGCCCAAGCAGGAGCAGGAGCAGGAGCAGGAGCAGGUCGCUCUUCAAAUUCUAGGGUUUCAUUUUCCUGCUUUGGUAGAACCACCAUUACGAAUACAGCUGCUCCAAUGGAGAAGAAGAAGGAGAUUUCUUCUCUGGAUCCAAUACAAGAGGAGAAGCGUGCUCUCCGAUUCAAGGUUCGGAGGCAGCUUAAAGCAAUGUCUCCCUCUCAGAGAAACCUUGAAGAUGCUGCAAUUCAAAAGCAAGUAUUGGAAGCUUCUUGGUUUAAAAGUUGCAAAAGUUUAUGUGCUUAUGUGAGCUGUGAGGUUCUAAGGGAAGUAGAUACAUCAAAAAUUUUGUCAGAGAUUUUGGGUGACCCUACCUUUGCUUGCGAUGCACAGAUUAAGAAAAGGUUGUAUGUUCCACGAGUGGAGGACAGGAACUGCCACAUGCGGAUGCUCAACAUAUCAAGAGUCGACGAUCUUAUUGCAAACCCAAUGAAUAUUUUGGAACCAGCCCCUCUUGACAACGCCGGGAAUCAACGGGAAGAUGUUAUGCAGGCAACUCACCCAGUUGACUUGUUUCUCUUACCCGGCCUUGCUUUUGACAAAUCUGGAAGACGAUUGGGCCGUGGUGGAGGGUACUAUGAUGCUUUACUCACAAGUUACAAGGAGCUUGUAGCCAGGCAGAAAUGGGAACCACCACUCUUAGUGGCACUAUCAUACUCUGUGCAAAUAAUGGAUGAUGAAGUCAUCCCUGUUACAUCCCAUGAUGUGCUCGUUGAUGCCCUCGUCUCCCCAGCUGGUGUAAUACGUAUAAGCCCUAUUGCCAUAGAGAAAAUGUAAACUUUAUGCAUUCCUUGAGAGAGCAUACUGCAGGUUCUUUUGAAAUAUGACUAUAAUCAUCUGAAGAUAAAGUUCGGAUUAACGGCUGUAGUAUUAAGUGCAUGCUUUCCAUCUUGAGUUUUUUGCUCCGAAUCUGUCGCUUACCCAUCCAAGAAAAGAAAUGCAAAAACAAAACACGGAGUUUUUGUGGGAGUGCUCCAUAAUUGCCGAGGACUAAAAUCUGGAAGUUGCAUGUGAUUGCUCUUUAUUCAUUUUUGGUUCUGCAUUUUUGAAGUAUAUUGGUUGUUAUUUAUUUCUUUGUGACUAAAUGAAAAAUUGAAACUCAUAGGACUUGCAGAAUGGUGUUAUUGGUUUCUGGGAGUUGGAAGUGUGCAAUGCUUGUGAUUUUCUGUCUUGCACCCCACAUAUACUGAACAAGCGGGCCUCACAAUAAUUGGGAAAGAGGCCCUAGCAUUAUGUUUCAAAAUAGUUUCUUUUGGUAUAGAAUUAUCACUUUCUAAGA